AGGGGACGGGGGGGAGGGGGGACGGGGGGGGGGGGGGGGGACGGGGGGGGAGGGUACGGGGGGGAGGGACGGGGGAGGGAGGGGGGAGGGAGGGAGGGGGCUGGGGGAGGACGGGGGGAGGGGGGGGGGGGACGUGGGGAGGGACGGGGGGGAGGGGGACGGGGGGGAGGACGGGG